AUGCAAGCCGCUUCUAAAGUUGCUACCGAAGACAUACAAGCAGUAAAGGAGAUAUUUUAUCGUGAAUUCCGGUUCCCAGGGGUAAUAGGGGCUAUUGACGGUUCCCAUAUUAAUAUAAAGAAACCAAGCAAGGACAUCGAGCACGUAUAUGUGUGUAGGAAAGGAGGUCAAGUGAUUGUAAUGCAAGAUUCGGUGGAACUGCUCACGAUGCUUCAGUAUGGAGAGCGAGAGCACUUAAGGUUCUGUUGGAUAAUAAAUACUCAAAUGGUGAACGAAAUUUUUGGUUGUUGGGUGACAGCAGAUACCCGCAGCUUCCUUUCUUAAUGACUCCAAUUCAGGGUAACAAUCUAUCUCAAUCAGAGGAAAACUAUAAUAGACGGCACAGAAAAGCCAGGAACUGCGUUGAACGCUGCUUUGGAGUGCUCAAAACGAGAUUUCUUUGCCUUCUAAGAGAGAGAGUGUUAAUGUAUGACGCCAUCGUAGCAGGGAAAAUAAUUAAUUCAUGCAUUAUUUGGCAUAAUAUUAUGAUUAUGAAUAAUAUCGGUGGAAAAUUAGAAGAUGAUGAAAUGUCAAGUGAAAAUGAAAUUUUUUAUGAAGGCAGUGAGGGAGAAAUCUCUCCUCAAGGCAUAUCUGCGAGACAACAUGUAGUUAAUAAUUUUUUUUAAUUUACGAAUUUUGAUGCCAUAAUAAACCCAAAAAUAAAAUUGCCGCGAUGGUCACAAAAAUAGCACCAAAAUUCAAAAUGGUGUUCUUAGUAA